GCGGCAGUCACAUUCGUCUGACGAUAAUAACGACGAUAAUUCGCCGCUAAUAUCACCUCCAGCGUUAAACAAAGGGGGUCGCUUCCUUGUGGAGAUGGUACCCGGCGAUCCGGAUGCCUCUAAGCAGACGCGCAACAAGCAUAUCCUGGACAAGCAAAUGAUCUACAUGCCUGUUUCCCGACCGCCAUACAUGUCCGCAAUUGACGAGGGAAGCACCAUCAGGAGCGUUACGGACCUUCUUACUUCAUCUGUGUCGUCGUCAAAUGAAGACGUAACGCACAAUGGAGACUCAGAAAUACCGACAGUCAUCGUUGAGGAAGACGAGAAGCAUGAUGACGUGUUUCCGCUUUCGGUGAAAUCGGAAAAGGCAAGCCAUGCAUCAGAAGCAGCUGACAGUAAACAAAGCGAUUCGAUUGCUAUUAAGAUACAAAUCGAUGAAUAA